AUGGACGAGCGCCUUGUCCAGGAUUGGACAACCCAUAUGCUCGUCCCCUUCAUGAGGCUGCUGCAGGAUGAGGGCGGAGGGCGCAAGCAGGCGCUCCUUGUCCUCGACUCGUACAAGGGACAUCUCACUGUAGUGCCGUCGUCCCUGGUGGUUGCAACCCCCUGGUGCAACCGCUCGACGUCCCAAACAACCGCCGCUUCAAGUGCGGGGUUUGCCACCGCUACAGCACUUGUUUUGAGGAGGUGGGGAUCGGCCUCACAACACGUGCAGGAGCUGGUGAGGAGGAAGGCAUUCCCCGUCUGCGACAUCUCCAACGCAGAAGACGGGAGCAAGGAUCACCAGACCAUUGCUCACCUGCGGGAUAAGGCGGAGGUGGAGGUGCCGGAUGAUGUGCAGGAGUCGGAGGAGGGGGCUGAAGCUACAUCCCUCUCGAAUGAGGAGGAGGAUGGGGCAAACAAAAUGAGGGGUGCCGACGAGUGGAGCGAUGAUGAUGAUGAAAUGGAGGAAAUAGAGGCGUGGGUGGCAGGCAAGGAUGAGUGA